AUGGUCGAUAGUGCUUCAGAGUUGGAUCUAGAAUCCGAUGCUAGCUCCAUUGAUGGCCAUACAGGAAGAUGUGAGCAGUUACAACGGCAAGUAGAGUUAUUACAACAACAAAAUCGGAUGCUCAAAACAGAGGUUGAUCAGCUCACCCUCCGAGUGAGAAGUUUGGCCGAAAAGAAUGAACAACUCCGAAGAAAUAGUGUGUCUAUUCUGGCGCAAGCCGAGCGGGAGGAGGAAUACAUAAGUAAUACCCUUCAACGUCAAAUUUCUGAGUUGAAGAAAGACAAGGAGUCUCUCGUGGUCAAGUUUGAGGAGGAAGAGGAGCGACUCAUUAAUGAGUUAAAUCGUAAAUUAAUGCAACUGCAAAAAGACAAGGAUAGACUUGAGCGGACACUUGCGAAAGAACAAGAAGCCCAGGUAAAUAAGCUGAAGCGUCGAAUUGAAAGACUUGAAAGCGAAAGUGACUGGAAACAGCAGGUUUUGGAGAAGUUGAGACGUGAUAAAAUUGAGCUUGAAAAUGCCUUGGAGCAGGAACAAGAAGCUCUCGUCAACCGACUUUGGAAAAAAAUGAAAAAGCUGGAGGAUGAAAAACGCAUUCUUCAGGAUAAGCUGGAGAGUGUCAGUGCUCCACCAUCAGAGAGCCCGAGCGUGCAAAACAUAUCCGCGGUGGCGAUUGGCAGUGCAAACCAAGCGCAGCACUCAACCUCCAUCCCCGUGGGUUUUCUGCAGACGAGUCAACAUCGCCACUCGGCAGGUGGUUCCUUGCGCGGCUCCUCGCGCAUCCCCAUCACGGACGCACCUGGAAGGGACAGUUUUGACAGCGUUGAGUCGAGUGGAUGUCAAUCAGAUAACGCUGGACAAUCUCCCAGUCACUCGGGGGCCAGGGGCUCUCUCACUUCCUCCAUUAGUCCGCGUCCACCCCAGAGUCCCAUGGACCUUGAUGAUGUCAGCAUCCCAGCCGGCAGUCUUGUCCGAUCAGAUAGCUCUCAGUCCGGAAGUCGUUCCCACCGCAAUAGUUUCCAACCCAGCAACACUGCAGUGGCUGAGUUGACCACUGAAAGUACGGCCGCCGGAGCCACGUACGUGGCCAAACUGCGCGAGGAGGUCAUUCGUCUGCGUCGCAUUGUUGCUUUUAACCAGGCUGAGCAGGCCCUUCGCUCAAACCAGGAGCGCUCGGCCAUAGACGAAAAUGCUCGUCUGCGCCAACUACUGGAAGUCGAAGUGGAUCGCACUAGAGCUCUUACACGAGCCCUCAGCGACAGCGAGUCCAGUCUUGAGAUAGAGGACGAACGGUGUUACAACGACGCUAGGCGCUUCGCGGCGUCAUCAAAUCGUUUACGUACCACCUCCGAUGGCUGCCCCUCAUCCUUGGCACAGGGACCCUUUUUGGGUCCGGGCCAUGCCUACGCUGCGGCCGUUUUUCAGGGUCGCAACAACUCGGGUCGCAUCUGUCGAGAGUGUGGUCAGCCUCUUCCCCUUGGCAAGGCGCCUUACAAAUGUGGUGCUGUAACACCCCCACCCUCAUCACCCUCCCCCGGUUCCUUUGUUAAGCCUUCGCCCCAUGUUCGACCUCCGCACUCGCUUAGACAGUCGAAUGCCUCCGCCACAGUCACCGCCACCGGUUGUGUUACGUCAGCCACAAAUGCUCCUACCAGACACUCCGCCAACACCUCUGAAGCGGAGGAGGAGGACGAAGAGGAGGACGACGAGCGCUCCAAGACUCCACCCGCCAGCAUGACCGACUGA